GACACACGUUAGGAAGAGAGAGAGGGAGAGAUAUAUUUCAUUCACAGUUUGAUCAUUACUAACACGUUUAAAGACGUCGCAGGGAUGUCGGCUCUAACCAGCUGGGAGCUGUUCGUCAAAUACGCCCUCUUCAUCUUUAAUUUCGUUUUCUGGUUGGCAGGUACCGGAGUUCUGGCUGUGGGACUAUGGCUGCGCUUUGACAGCAGGACAGCAGGACUGUUCGAAGGGGAGGACUCGCCCACAGUCUUCUUCACGGGUGUGUACAUCCUGAUUGCGGCCGGGGCUCUGAUGAUGGUCGUGGGCUUCCUGGGAUGCUGCGGAGCCAUCAAAGAGUCGCCGUGCAUGUUGGGAUUGUUCUUCCUCUUCCUGCUCCUCAUCUUCGCCGUGGAGGUGGCUGCUGGGAUCUGGGGUCUCUCCAACAAGGACACGGUGGUGGAGGAAGUUACAGAGUUUUAUAAACAAACCUACAACAACUACAAAGAAACCAGACAGGACGCGCUGAAGGAGACGCUCCGCCUCAUCCACUUUGGACUGGACUGCUGCGGUCCGACAGGAACGGUGAUCGACGCCGCCAAAGACAUCUGCCCCAAGAAGGAGGGGCUGGAGGUCCUAAUCACCAAGAGCUGUCCGAACGCCAUCGACGAGAUGUUCAACAACAGACUCCACAUCAUCGGAGGAGUCGGCAUCGGUAUCGGAGUCAUCAUGAUCUUCGGGAUGAUCUUCAGCAUGAUGCUCUGCUGUGCCAUUAAGAGGUCCAGGGACUUUGUCUAAACCACUACACCC